GUUGCCGGGAAGGCGAGGCCGGAUUAAAGCGAGGCGGCAGACUGGGCAAGUGGCGCUGCCGAGCCGGGAGCAGGAGGAGGGGGGAGGGAAAAACGAGAUGAGUUCUGCGGACGGGAGCCGGAGGGAGCACGGCGCCAAGCGGCCGGCCUCACCCAAUGAUAAAGGAUCUAGUACAACCUGGGAAUCGGCUGAUUUGGGUGAUGAUGAGCGGAAGCUAAAAUUCCUAAGGCUAAUGGGAGCUGGGAAGAAAGAUCACAGUGGACGUGCGCAUCCAGGUGACCACAAGUCAACCUCGCUCUUCAGAACGGGUGAUGAAGAUAAAAAAAUAAAUGAGGAGUUGGAACAUCAGUUUCAUCAGAGUUUGGAUAGUCAGCUGUCAGGAAGGAACAGGCGACAUUGUGGAUUGGGCUUCAGUGAGCCUGAGGCAGCAGAACCGGAGUUGCAACAGGUCAGUACUGGUGGAGACUUGCCAACCAAUAGCUUGAAUGAUUCUGAAAAUAAAGGUCAGUCAAAGGAUUAUUCUUCAGACUACAUGAAAUCCAGUAGUGAAGAACAUCAGUCAGAAGAUGCAGACACCAAAAAGCAAGACCUGAAAAGCAAUUAUAAAAUGAUGUUUGUAAAGUCAUCUACAAAUUAGCACUAUCCUUUAACAUGGUCUCCUGUUCAAUGUUAUGGCGUGUAUAAUUACAAUACAUUUUACUGAGCAAAGAAUGCCAUUGAAUUUAUUUUCUGAUUUAGUAUGUGACUUGCUCUUACCAACAUUGUCCCUAAUGUUUUUGGUUUUGUUUUUAAAUCUCUAUUUUGUGAAAAUGAUCUUGAGUUUUCUCACCUUUUUUGUGCCUACAUUUUUGCAAAAUUUGCCCUUUGCAUUUUAAAUGAGUUCCACAUAUCUAAAGUAAGACAAAAUAUUACUUUGUGUAAUUUAUGGAUGCAUAUCAUUUGUCCAACUUUUUUUGACAGAACUGUCCAAGAGGGGGGAGAAACAUUCAAGUUCAAAUGAAGGCUAAGAGAAAUAUUUUUAGCUGUUCAUAUACUGUAUAUAUAAAAUAAAAGUUGAAGUCUUUACAACAAA